AUGUCUCAACCCAUCACUGGUGAAGACACUGACAAAGAGGUGAUAACAGAAGGAAAUGGCGUUAAACGCAAAGAGUUGAGUGAAGAUAACUCAGACCACACUCAUGAGAGUGUGAGCGGCGACGAGGCAUCGGAACCUUCAUCCGUGGCUAAGAAGAGGAAGACAUUGCCCUUCGAAGACGUUUAUGUGGAGAACCUGUGCUCCAGUGAGUCGUACGAGCGGUCAUAUAUGCACCGGGAUGUGGUGAGUCACGUGUUGGUCACCACCACCGACUUCAUCAUAACCGCCAGUAUUGACGGACACAUAAAGUUCUGGAAGAAGCUAUCGAUGGGCAUAGAGUUUGUCAAACACUUCCGCACACAUUUGGGACCAAUCAGUGACCUCUGUGUCAACUCAACGGGCACUUUGUUGGCCUCAGUGUCCACCGACAAGACAAUGAAAGUGUUUGAUGUGGUUAACUUCGAUAUGAUUAAUAUGCUUCGUAUGGACUAUAGGCCACACGCGUGUCAAUGGUGUCAUUCUGCCGGUGAUCCCAUCCCUGCCAUCGCUGUGUCGGAUGCCGACAGCCAUAAGAUCUAUACAUAUGACGCGACCGCCACCAACGCCGCCCUCCAUGUCUUCGAGCGCUUGCAUUCAGAUCCAGUCAUUUGUAUGAAAUAUAAUGCCGUCUUUUCGACUAUGAUUUCGGUGGACACCAAAGGGAUGUUAGACUAUUGGAUGUCCCAUAAGAAUGACUACAAAUUCCCCGCAAGUAUUGUGGACUUUGAGUCCAAACUGGACACCGAUUUGUACGAAUUCGCCAAAAACAAGACAAUACCUCACGAUAUCUGCUACUCAUCUGAUGGCAAACUCUUUGCAGCCAUUUGUGCCGAUCGAAAGGUGCGAGUAUUUAAGUUCUUGACGGGAAAACUGCUUCGAGUUUUCGAUGAGAGUCUUCAGCAGUUGACACAAUUACAACAGACGACACCACAGCUGCAGAACAUGGAGUUCGGGCGACGUAUGGCUAUGGAAAGGGAUCUCGAGAAGUCGGACGCAUUCCGAUUCGAGCGAAUCAUUUUCGAUGAGAGCAGUUAUUUCGUGAUAUACCCGACCCUUUUGGGCAUCAAAAUUGUCAACUGGUAUACCAAUAGAUGCGUCAAAAUGCUGGCGAAGGGCGAGAACUUCCGGGCGUUGAGUCUAUCCCUACAUCAGACCAUUCCUAACAAAAGCAAAGCAUCGGUUAGUGCCGAGAUGAAGGCCAGUGACAAUCCAGGUCUCGAGGCAUCACAUCCCGACCCAACCCUUCUGUGUACGGCUUUCAAGAAGAAUAGAUUCUAUUUGUUCACCAAAAGAGAACCCGAAGAGUCGAGCGGUGAGAACGCCACCGGCGCUGAUCGGGACGUCUUCAACGAGAAGCCCUCUCGCGAAGACAUCAUCGCCGCCACCGAAGCGCCGGCACAGCAGAAGAUAUGGGAUAACUGUAUAAUCCAUACAACGAUGGGUGACAUUCACUGCAAGCUAUUCGGCAAAGAAUGUCCCAAAACUGUGGAGAAUUUCUGCGUUAAUUCGAAAAAUGGUUACUUUAAUGGACACAUAUUUCAUAGAGUCAUCAAACAGUUUAUGAUCCAAACGGGUGACCCCACCGGCACCGGCACUGGAGGUGAAUCCAUUUGGGGCGAGGAGUUCGAGGAUGAGUUUCAUCCGGACUUAAAGCACGACAAGCCCUACACCCUUAGUAUGGCCAACGCCGGACCCAAUACUAAUGGCUCGCAAUUCUUUAUAACUGUU